CGUCAAUCAUUUGGUCAUCAUUCAGUCAUCAUCUUCACAACACUCUCCCUUAUCCACGUAAUCUGUACAAUACGGAUCCGCCGCCGCUACUAGCACUUUCCACACAGGCAACACACACCAUAUAUACUCCUUCACGGCACGACUUCUCCAGCAUUAUUAUCAGUGUCGGUUGAGAGCAGCUUUUCGAGAGGAAAAAUGGCGGAAGGGGAGGAAGUGGAGAACAAGCAGGUGAUACUGAAGCACUACGUCCGGGGUUCUCCGAAGGAGAGUGAUAUGGAAAUCAGAACCGGCAAGACGAAGCUGAAGCUUCAGGAAGGUUCUUCGGGGGCGAUUGUGGUGAAAAAUCUCUACUUGUCUUGUGACCCUUACAUGAGAAACCGCAUGAGCAAGAUGGAAGGCAGCUAUGUUGAGUCCUUCACUCCCGGCUCCCCUAUUGUGGGAUAUGGCGUGGCUGAAGUUCUGGAUUCUAGUCAUCAAAAUUACAAGAAAGGUGAUCUGGUUUGGGGAAUGACUACAUGGGAAGAGUACAGUGUUAUCACUUCUACAGAGGGUCUCUUUAAGAUUCAGCACACAGAUGUGCCUUUGUCCUACUAUACAGGCAUCCUGGGUAUGCCUGGCAUGACUGCUUAUGUUGGUUUUUUUGAGGUGUGCUCUCCAAAGAAGGGAGAACGUGUCUUUAUUUCAGCAGCAUCUGGAGCAGUUGGCCAACUUGUUGGGCAAAUUGCAAAGCUAUUUGGCUGCUAUGUUGUUGGAAGUGCUGGAAGCAAAGAAAAGGUUGAUUUAUUGAAGAAUAAGUUCGGGUUUGAUGAAGCUUUCAACUAUAAAGAAGAGGCAGAUUUAAAUGUGGCUCUGAAAAGGUAUUUUCCGGAUGGUAUUGAUAUUUACUUCGAGAAUGUAGGAGGAAAGAUGCUUGAUGCCGUGCUUCUAAACAUGACCCCCUACGGCCGCAUUGCUGCCUGUGGCAUGAUAUCACAAUAUAACCUUGAGCAGCCCGAAGGAGUUCAAAAUCUGUUUUGUCUGGUCACCAAGCGAAUUCGAAUGGAAGGAUUUCUGGUGUUUGAUUACUACCAUCUCUAUCCUAAGUUCCUGGAAAUGAUUAUCCCACAGAUAAAAGAAGGGAAGAUUACUUAUGUGGAAGACAUAGCUGAAGGCCUUGAGAACGCCCCAAGUGCUUUGAUAGGGCUUUUCUCGGGGCGUAACAUUGGGAAGCAGGUGGUAGCUGUUACCCGCGGAUAAUUUAUAUCAUCUAGAGCGUCCUUUUCAAGUUUUGUGCUUUGGUUUUGUCUAGUAUACUUGGUAUCUCAUGCAAUGUUGGGAAACAAAUAGUAGCUGUUUACUGUGUAUCGAGUGGAACUCAUGGAAUGGUUUCAGCUGUUGUGCUUGGCUUUGUCUUAUCGACUGGCGUCUUGUCAAAUACACAAAUAGAAUCUCCCUGUUUGCCGGAGCCCAAUAGCAGCAUCUUGUAUAAUCUUUCUGUGAGUACAGGAAAGAUCAGUUGGUGCUUUUCUGUGUUGGAGAUAUUAAUCAACAGCAUUUUGCCCUAAGAAUGAUAGAUGCAGCAUUUUGCUUUA